UUUCACGAAAAGGAAACCUGUCGCCCUCCUGCAAACCCAUUUAUGUCAUUUUCCCUGCACCCAACCCAUUUCACAUUUUACCAGAGACCCCCAGCAAAAUUCGCAGUCGCUGCCUCCGCAAAUAGCACCACCACAGCGCACGUUAGCUGUCCCCCGUAAUCAUUACGCCUAACCCAAAGGGAAACCCAUGCAUUUAAAUGCCUCUGCUUAACCUACGCACCCCUCUUCUCACACUGACAACACUCCCAUUAAUUGGAUCUGCAGCUAUACAUACAGACACACUCUCACCUAUACAUACACGCGUUCCUGUAUCUAUUAUUACCCGAUCCGUUGUGAGACUGUACAUAUUUAUAUAUAUAUGUAUAAUCUCAUCGCUCACUGUUGUUUCUCAUUCUUCUAAUCUCUUGCUGCCGGUGCUGGGAAUCAUCAUAUGUCAUAUUCUCAGAGUUAUCGCCCAAUCGAUUUCCGAUCGGGUGUGAAGCUCCGGGCUUUCUCUCGCUCCGAAACGGUGUCGUCCGGGAGAGAUCGGAGCCGAUUCUCGUGGUGCUGGUGAUCGAAGCAUGAAUCCGCUGUGCUGCAUUGCUCCGGUGUCGGUUGAGAAGGAUCGAGCUGUGGUGAAGUCGCAAACCCUAAGUCAGGAGCUGGUGUUUGAGAGUAACUGCUCUGAUGAGAGUGUUAGGUGUAAUAAUAGCAACAAUGUGAUUCUGAGGCCGGUGAGUUUUAACUCGAGGAGGAGUUUGUCGACAAAUGGGGGUGGUGGAGGAAGUGAUUUGCACGCUGAGAAAUGCGAGGAGAAUGAUGAGGUUAAGAGUGUGGCUGGGAUUUUGUAUAAAUGGGUGAAUUACGGGAAGGGGUGGAGGGAAAGGUGGUUUGUGUUGGAAGAUGGGGUGCUGUCGUAUUACAAGGUGCACGGGCCGGAUAAGAUUGUUGUGAGUUCGGUUAGGGAAAAGGGGGUGAGGGUGAUUGGGGAGGAAAGUUGGAGGUAUAUGAGGAAGGGUAGUAGUGGGAGUGGGAGUGGGAGCGCUAACGGUCUCCGGGGAAAUGGGUUUGGGUCUGGGAAGCGGUGGAAGCCGUUUGGGGAGAUACACCUGAAGGUUUCUUCAGUUCGGGCCAGCAAGUCAGAUGACAAAAGACUUUCCAUAUUCACAGGAACAAAAACUCUCCACUUGCGUUGUCAAUCCAAAGAAGACAGGGCUUCAUGGAUUGAAGCUCUUCUGGUUGCUAAAGAUAAAUUCCCUAGACUAUUAACAAGCAACGACUUAGCACCCUCUGAAGAAUUUGUUGUAUCAACAGAAAAGCUAAGGUCACGGUUAAUGCAGGAGGGCAUCAGUGAGACAGUUGUAAAAGACUGUGAGUCUAUAAUGCUAGGUGAACUUACUGAGAUGCAGAAUCAAUUGAAGACUCUUCAACUCAAACACAUCUUGCUGCUGGACACAUUAAGAAGACUGGAGACAGAGAAGAUAGAAUUGGAAACAACUGUAGUUGAUGAAACAAAGGGACGAGAUUCUUGCUGUGGACAAGGCAAUAGAAGGUUCAGUGAUUUCUAUUCAGUCAUGUCUGAGGGCAGUGCAAGUGACUCAGAUGCAGAUAAUGAAAGCCGAUAUGGUGUGGAUAUUGAAACAGAUGAUGACGAUGGUAUCUUUUUUGACACGAAUGACUUUUUGUCUGCUGAGUCUCUAAGAAGUGCUUCGUAUCGGAGUAGAGAUAAUCCAAUAUAUGCUCAUAGCCCCUGGACUUGUGAAAAAGAAUCUUCCUUCUCUAAUCAGUUAAGCGAAGUUGGUAUGGAAAUAAAGGCAAUUGAAUUUCCAUACAUCAAAAGAAGGGAUUAUUUACCAGAACCCAAGGAGAAAGAGAAGCCAGUUGGGUUAUGGUCAAUAAUUAAGGAUAACAUAGGCAAGGAUUUGUCAGGUGUUUGCCUUCCUGUGUACUUCAAUGAGCCUUUGUCCUCGCUUCAGAAAUGCUUUGAAGACUUGGAGUACUCAUAUCUUGUUGACCGAGCAUUGGAAUGGGGAAAACAGGGAAAUGAUUUAAUGAGAAUUCUUAAUGUAGCAGCUUUUGCAGUGUCUGGUUAUGCAUCAACAGAAGGUCGACAAUGCAAACCCUUCAACCCUCUCCUUGGGGAAACCUAUGAGGCUGACUAUCCUGAUAAGGGUUUGAGAUUCUUCUCCGAAAAGGUUAGUCAUCAUCCAAUGAUUGUUGCCUGUCAUUGUGAGGGUAGGGGUUGGAAAUUCUGGGCAGAUUCUAAUCUGAAAGGCAAGUUCUGGGGCCGUUCCAUCCAGCUUGACCCUGUUGGGAUUAUUACCCUUCAGUUUGAAGAUGGCGAGACAUUUCAGUGGAGCAAAGUCACUACUUCUAUAUACAACAUUAUAAUUGGUAAAAUCUAUUGUGAUCAUUACGGAACCAUGCGCAUAAAAGGCAGUGGUAACUAUUCUUGCAAGCUCAAGUUCAAGGAGCAGUCUAUCAUAGACCGAAAUCCGCAUCAGGUUCAUGGAUUUGUGCAAGACAAUAGAACCGGGGAGAAAGUGGCAGUUCUGCUAGGGAAGUGGGACGAAGCAAUGUAUUAUGUGAUGGGAGAUCCAACUACUAAGCCCAAGGGAUAUGAUCCAAUGACAGAAGCCGUUUUGCUGUGGGAAAGAGAUAAAUCUGUUACCAAGACAAGAUAUAAUCUUACACCAUUUGCAAUAUCUUUAAAUGAAUUGACAUCUGGUUUAAAGGAGAAGCUGCCACCAACAGACUCAAGACUGAGACCCGAUCAAAGGCAUUUGGAGAAUGGAGAAUAUGAGCUGGCAAAUGCAGAGAAGCUGAGACUUGAACAAUUGCAGAGACAGGCGAGGAAGCUGCAAGACAGAGGCUGGCAACCCAGAUGGUUCCGCAAGGAUGAGGAUGGUUGUUACAGUUACAAGGGUGGAUACUGGGAAGCAAGGGAAAAACAUAACUGGGAUGGAAUCCCUGACAUAUUCGGGCAGCCCUGUGAUAUCCCAGUUUCUGUAGUUGAAGAGUGAGCUUUCUCAGGUAAGGCAUAUACCCCAGUCAGCCAUUUCCACAAUUUUACGGACUCAAGAAGCACGGCCUUUCAACAAGAAGAAAAACAGGAAAGAUAUCAGGACCACCAGUUUUGAAGCCAAUGUUGAGCGACACAAGAAAUGUGUCAAUUAUGGGAGCGGUGGUCAUCUUCAGAUUGGUUAUGAUGCUCUUUAUAGAUUUGUCCUAUGUAUAUUUUGAUGGCAAGACAGACAUGCAGGAAGAAGUGUAUAUGUGCUUAACACAAUAUUCUUCCCAUUGAAAUUGAGUGAAACCAUGGCAAUUUGGUCCUGCUGUCUGAACUCAACUGUUGAUGCAUUUGAGCAAAACCAAUCUCAGGUCAAACCAGUUGCUGAGAUCCAGGAGACCCUGUGCUGUGAAUGAGCUAAUUGGAUCUCAAGCAUUACACAUCGUCCUGUCCGAGCUUUCCUUAGAUGGCACAAGAGCUUAUGUCUACUUCAGCAGCAGCAGCAAAUUAGACUGCCCUUGACAACAUGCUGACUGAUAGAUAGAUGAUGCUUUUUGACCUUUUGAAAUGGAAGUCUUCAUGGUUCCACUUCCAGUUCCAUUUUCAAUUGAAAACGAAUGAAAACAUCCAUCCAACAGAGUCAAAUUAUACUUGUAUUUGAU